AUGAUGAGUGAUUCGAUACCACCAGAAGUUGUUGAACAAUUGCGAAGGUUUAAUGAAGCAUUAACAAUUCUUGAAGAUACAUAUUUGAAGCAUUUUUCGAAUUCUCUAGAGGAAAAUGCUCAGAGGCCACCGCUGGAAAAAUUAGAAAUUGACUUGAUGUCUGUGUUUGUCAUCAAUUCACUAUAUUGGAUGUUGCUCUGCACACAUGGACAAAAACCAAAGGAAAAUGAAGUUUUACAAAAUGAAAUUGACCGAACGAAAGAGUAUAUGGGACGAUUGAAACAGCUAGAAGAACGAAAAACAGCACCUUGUUUGAAUCAGCGGGCAGCGAAAAGCUUUGUGCGAAAUGCUUUAUGGGAACCGAAACAACAGCAGCGGUCAGGCACAUCUAAUCAUUCCUGUGAGGAAGAUGCUGGUAAGGGAGAUGAGCAAUGUGAAAUGGAAAGUGGUAACGAUUGUUCGAUUUCGUUAGAAGAAGAAGCUGAAAUUGGUGAGGAACAGAUGGAAGAGGAUGAAAUAGUUUUCAAUUCACAUUUAAUGAAGAAUGCUGUGAAACGAUCCCCUCGGGAAGCAAAUAUUAUGAUGACAGGAGGUACUCUUCCAAAGAAGAAACGGUUGUAA